GAUCUCUCCUGCGGCCCUGCCCAAAUGCAAGGGGCUUAGCGCAACCCAAAUGCAGACCAUAACAAAACCGGAGGAAGAAAACUCUCAGCAGCCCCUUCGUCACCAAAACAUCCACUCCAUUCCCCUCAAACCCUAGAAACCCUCUUUUGCGAUUUCAAACCUUAUGAAAGCACCUCAGAUUCCACCCGCCUUCCUCAACCGCACCCACUUCUGAACCACACAGCUCAAAUUCCAAAAUUCUAGGGCUUGUUCGUUUCACUUUCUUCUGCCAUGUCUAUCCCACCCAUACAGUGCAUAUACAUAACAGAGGACUGCCUUCAAGAAUGGAAAAGCGGAAAUCCUAGCUUUAGAGUCCCCAAGCCAGUUCCCAUGCUUCGCUUUCUCUAUGAGCUUUGCUGGAGCUUGGUCCGCGGAGAGUUACCGUUUCAGAAAUGUAAAUUAGCAUUAGAGUCGGUUGAGUUUUUGGAUAAAGUUUCGAAUGAAGAGAUGGCCUCAAAUUUUGCUGAUAUAGUCACCCAAAUGGCUCAGGACAUUACGAUGUCAGGGGAGAAUCGAUCCCGUCUUAUCAAAUUGGCAAAAUGGCUUGUGGAAUCUUCACUGGUUCCAUUGAAGCUUUUUCAGGAGCGCUGUGAGGAAGAAUUUCUCUGGGAGUCCGAAAUGAUCAAGAUAAAGGCUCAAGAUUUGAAGUCUAAAGAGGUCAGAGUAAAUACACGCCUUCUUUACCAGCAAACAAAAUUUAACCUUCUUCGGGAGGAGAGUGAAGGCUAUGCCAAACUGGUUACCCUUCUUUGUCAGGGUUCUGAAGCUUCGACUCAAAAUGUAUCAUCAGCAACAAUAGGAAUUAUUAAGUCUUUAAUAGGACACUUUGAUCUGGAUCCGAACCGUGUUUUUGAUAUUGUUUUGGAGUGUUUUGAACUUCAGCCUGACAGCAAUGUAUUUUUGGGCCUGAUUCCUAUUUUCCCAAAGUCUCAUGCUUCACAAAUCCUUGGGUUUAAGUUCCAAUAUUAUCAGCAUAUUGAAGUUAAUAGUCCUGUGCCUUUUGGGUUGUAUCAACUGACAGCUUUGCUGGUGAAGGGAGAGUUUAUUGAUCUUGAUAGCAUAUAUGUACAUUUACUUCCCAAGGAUGAUGAGGCAUUUGAACAUUAUAAUGCCAUCUCUGCCAAGCGGCUUGAAGAGGCUAACAAAAUUGGCAGAAUAAAUCUUGCUGCUACUGGGAAAGAUCUUAUGGAUGAUGAAAAACAAGGAGAUGUCACAAUUGAUCUUUUUGCUGCUUUAGACAUGGAAACUGAAGCAGCUGCUGAACGUUCUUCAGAACUUGAAAAUAAUCAGACUUUGGGAGUGCUUACUGGAUUUCUUUCUGUGGAUGACUGGCAUCAUGCCCACAUACUAUUAGAUCGUCUGUCGCCGCUUAAUCCAGUGGCUCAUAUUCAAAUUUGUAAUGGCUUGUUUAGGCUCAUUGAGAAGUCAAUUUCUUCUGCAUAUGAUGUUGUUCGCCAAACACAUCUACAAAGUUUUGGGUUGCCCUCAGGAGCUGCUCUGGAUUCCAUGGACACAAAUUCAUCUGGACAGAGCUCUUUCAUUGAUCUUCCCAAAGAACUUUUUGAGAUGCUUACUUCUGCUGGGCCAUUUCUCCAUCGGGAUGCUUUAUUGUUGCAGAAGGUGUGUAGAGUUUUGAGAGGUUACUAUCUGUCUGCAGUUGAGCAUCUGGAUGCUUGUGAUGGAGCUUGGAAUCCUAAACCUGGUGCUGGUGGAAAUUGGACUCCCCGUCUGCACCUAAAGGAAGCUAGGGCUAGGAUUGAAGAAGCUUUGGGAACAUGUCUACUUCCUUCCUUACAGUUGAUUCCAGCUAAUCCAGCAGUUGGGCAGGAGAUUUGGGAAGUAAUGAAUCUGCUUUCAUACGAGGUUCGGUACCGUUUAUAUGGUGAGUGGGAAAAGGAAGAUGAGCGGAUGCCGAUGGUUUUGGCUGCAAGGCAGACAGCAAAGUUGGACACCAGAAGGAUCUUGAAACGGCUUGCAAAAGAAAAUUUAAAGCAGCUGGGUCGGAUGGUUGCAAAGCUUGCACAUGCCAAUCCAAUGACUGUGCUUCGUACAAUUGUUCAUCAGAUUGAGGCCUAUAGGGAUAUGAUUACUCCUGUUGUAGAUGCAUUCAAGUAUUUGACACAGCUUGAGUAUGAUGUUUUGGAAUAUGUUGUGAUUGAGCGCUUGGCACAAGGGGGGCGGGAGAAGCUAAAAGAUGAUGGCCUUAAUUUAUCAGAUUGGCUUCAGUCGUUGGCUUCAUUCUGGGGCCAUUUGUGCAAGAAGUACCCAUCAAUGGAAUUGAGGGGCCUUUUCCAAUAUCUUGUGAAUCAAUUGAAAAAGGGGAAUGGAAUUGAGCUUGUUCUUAUGCAGGAGCUUAUACAACAAAUGGCAAAUGUCCAAUACACUGAGAAUAUGACUGAGGAUCAGUUGGAUGCCAUGGCAGGAAGUGAUACACUCCGGUACCAGGCUACUUCUUUUGGGAUAACCCGAAACAAUAAGGCAUUGAUCAAAUCUACUAAUAGGCUAAGGGACUCGCUGCUUCCAAAAGAGGAACCGAAGUUGGCAAUUCCGCUAUUGUUGCUUAUUGCUCAACAUCGCUCUGUGGUUGUCAUAAAUGCUGAUGCGCCUUAUAUUAAGAUGGUUUGUGAGCAGUUUGAUAGAUGCCAUGGAACUCUUCUCCAGUAUGUGGAGUUCCUCUGUAGUGCAGUAACACCUCCAACAGCUUAUGCUCAGCUGAUACCCCCUCUUGAAGAUCUUAUCCACCAGUAUCACCUUGAUCCUGAGGUGGCUUUUUUAAUUUUUCGGCCUGUGAUGAGGCUCUUCAAGUGUCCCGGUAAUGCCGAUGUAUUUUGGCCUUUAGAUGACAGUGAGGCUACAGCAAUCUCAACAGUAGAAAAAGAUUCUGAAACUGCAGAUUUAACUGGCGCUCUGGUGCUUGAUCUGGGCUCUCCUCAUAAACCUGUUAUGUGGUCAGAGCUCCUUGAUACUGUUAGAACUAUGUUGCCUUCAAAAGCCUGGAAUAGCCUCUCUCCUGAUCUAUAUGCGACCUUUUGGGGACUCACUCUCUAUGAUCUCUAUGUUCCACGAAACCGUUAUGAAUCUGAAAUUGCCAAACUGCAUGCUGCUCUUAAAACUCUAGAAGAGCUCUCUGAUAAUUCGAGUUCAGCAAUAACUAAAAGAAAGAAAGACAAGGAAAGAAUUCAAGAAUCUCUAGAUCGUCUGACUACUGAACUCCAGAAGCAUGAGGAAAAUGUUUCUUCUGUUCGCAGACGGCUUGCUCGUGAAAAGGACAAGUGGUUAAGUUCAUGUCCUGAUACUUUAAAGAUUAACAUGGAGUUCCUUCAGCGUUGUAUUUUCCCACGCUGUACUUUUAGCAUGCCAGAUGCUGUAUAUUGCGCCGUGUUUGUACAUACUCUUCAUUCCCUUGGGACACCUUUUUUUAAUACAGUCAACCACAUUGACGUUUUGAUAUGUAAAACCUUACAACCUAUGAUAUGCUGCUGCACUGAAUAUGAAGCUGGUAGGCUUGGCAGGUUUCUGUAUGAGACUUUAAAGAUUGCUUACUAUUGGAAGAGUGAUGAAUCAAUAUAUGAACGUGAAUGUGGAAACAUGCCAGGCUUUGCUGUUUAUUAUAGAUAUCCAAAUAGCCAGCGUGUUACGUACAGCCAGUUUAUUAAGGUUCACUGGAAAUGGAGUCAAAGAAUCACACGGUUAUUAAUCCAGUGCUUGGAGUCCGCUGAGUAUAUGGAAAUCCGAAAUGCGCUAUUAAUGUUGACAAAAAUUUCUAGUGUUUUCCCAGUUACUCGGAAGAGUGGGAUCAACCUUGAAAAACGGGUUACAAAAAUCAAAAGUGACGAAAGAGAAGAUCUCAAGGUGCUGGCUACAGGUGUUGGUGCAGCCUUGGCUGCUAGAAAGCCUUCAUGGGUUACAGAAGAGGAAUUUGGCAUGGGUUACCUUGAGCUAAAGCCUGCAUCAUCACUUGCCUCAAAAUCCUUAGCUAAUAAUGCAGUAACUGUACAAAAUGGCGGUUCCAGCCUUAACAUUGCUCAAAGUGAAUCUGCUGGGGGACGACAAAGUGCCACAGGUUCCCAACAUUUAGAUUCUGGGAAUUCUGCCAAAGAAGUAAGAACAAAACAUACAGAUGGGAGGUUGGAAAGAACAGAAAGUGUUUCAACUCUUAAAUCUGAUCUAGGAAAUGCAAAACUAAAGGGUGGCUCGUUGGUAAAUGGGUCAGAUAGUCAGUCAUCCCUGCCCUCUGCUACUCCUCAAUCCGGAUCAUCGAGAUCAAUUGACAAUCAAAAGCUGAUUGAUGAAUCCACAAACAGUGCAAUUGAUGAAAACCUUAUCAAAACUGCUUCAAUGAUGCCUGCAGAAUCUGAGUCCAGAGCUGCUGUAAAACGAUCAGUGGCCGCUGGAUCCCUUUCAAAACCGUCUAAACAAGAACUAGCAAAAGAUGAUGGUAAAUCUGGAAUGACCAUUGGCAGAACUCCUGGUUCUUCCACUACUGACCGAGAUCCCCACUCACACCCCGCAGAGGGCAGGCAAGGUGUGGCAGUUAAUGUUUCCACUGCUGUUUCAGCCAAUGGUAACACAGGUUCAGUCUCAAUCUCAGUCAAGGGAAUUUCAUCUACAAGAACAUCGCUAGAUACCCAUGGCAGUGAAUUAAAAGUGGAGAGUGGAGCUGCCAGGUCUUGUGAUUUGAGGGUUUCUACUGCAAAAGAUGAUGGCACUGAAGAUAUUCCAAGGUCAUCCUCUUCGCGAUCUAUUCAUUCUCCCAGACAUGAUAAUAACGUAACUGCUUCAAAGACCAGCGACAAACAGUCGAAGAGAAUUAGUUCUACUGAAGAGCCUGAUAGAUUAAAUAAACGUCGGAAAGGGGACACUGAAGUGAGAGAUUCAGAUGCUGAUGUUCGAUUUCCUGAUAGGGAGAGACCCAUGGAUCCUCGAUUGGUGGACAGGAUUCAUCCUGCUGAUAUUGAAAAAUCGGGAAGUGAUGAGCAAGGUAUUAAUAAGGUAAUAGAUAAACAUUUGGAUAGGUCAAAAGACAAAGGCAUUGAAAGACAUGACAGGGAUUAUAGAGAACGGUUGGAACGUUCUGAUAAAUCCCGCGGGGAUGAUCUUCUGGUUGAGAAGUCCAGAGAUAGGUCGCUUGAAAGAUAUGGAAGAGAACGUUCUGUUGAAAGAGUGCAAGAGAGAGGUAGUGAGAGGAGCUUUGAUAAGCUCACUGAAAGAGGUAAGGAUGAAAGGAACAAAGAUGACAGAAGCAAACUCCGUUAUAGUGAAACAGAAAAAUCUCAUCUUGACGAUCGGUUCCAUGGUCAGAGCUUGCCUCCUCCGCCACCUUUGCCUCCUAAUCUUGUCCCACAGUCUGUCAAUGCUGGUAGAAGAGAUGAAGAUGCCGAUAGAAGGUUUGGAACUGCCAGACAUACUCAAAGGCUUUCUCCAAGACAUGAAGAGAAAGAAAGGAGACGAUCUGAGGAGAAUUCCUUAGUUUCACAGGAUGAUGCAAAACGUAGAAGAGAUGAUGACUUUCGUGAUAGAAAGCGGGAUGAACGAGAGGGCCUUUCAAUGAAGGUGGAGGAGAGGGAUAGGGAUAGAGAUAGGGAGAAAGUGAACCUGCUGAAGGAGGAAAUGGAUGCUAGUGCAGCCUCCAAGAGGAGGAAACUUAAAAGGGAGCAUAUGCCAUCUGGGGAACUAGGUGAGUACUCACCAGCUCUGCCACCUCCCACCCUUGCUAUUGGUAUGUCACAUUCAUAUGAUGGAAGAGAAAGGGGAGACCGCAAGGGGGGCAUGGUUCAGCGUGCUGGUUACUUGGAGGAACCUGGCUUGAGGAUACAUGGUAAAGAAGUUGCCGGAAAGAUGACCCGUCGUGAUGCUGACCCGAUGUACGACAGAGAAUGGGAUGAGGACAAGAGGCAGAGAGUUGAACCCAAGCGGAGGCAUCGGAAGUGAAGUUUGAGGGAAACUAUGCUGUCCAUCUCAGUUCACCAAAAGAAUGCUCAAAUUUGCCCUGGUGCAACACCGGGCGUACUCUACUCUGCUCGUCCCACUGCUGUUGGCAUAAUUUGUACACAAAGCUUUUGUUUUUGAGUAGGUUGGCAGUGGUGGUCCCAAGUCUUUCAUCCUCCCUUUCAAUUCAUUGUGUAUCACUUUAAAACUGUUUCUACACUGGUUCUAGUUUCUCUGGAUCUCAGUGGAAGGGCGACUAAUUCGAGGGUCAUUAAUGUAAUUUCAUACAUUUUGUAAAAUAUGGCUAGGUUGUAUAUUUUGAGCAUUUGGUAAUCUAUGAAUAUUAAAGGGGUGCUUGUUUAUUUA